UUGCAGAGGUAUUUCACAGAUGUGGAAAGUCUUACAAACGAAUGUAACAUAGCUGGAGCAGAUAUCAUUCUGCUUGCAAUAAAGUAUGUACCUGUAGAAGUGGAGGAUUUGUGGGAUAAUGUGGAUAAAAUGUCUUGGGAUACAUUUAAGACAGGAGUAAUUGUGUAUUACCUGAGUCUCAAGACAGGAGCACAAUAUGCUAGAAGUGACUUGGAUACUAUAGUACAGAAAUGGGCAGAGAGAGGAAUUACAAAUAGGGACAAUUUGGGAACAUACCACCAAGAGUUUACACUCAUAGCAACCUAUUUGACAACUAAUGAUAAGCUGUCACUGGAGGAAUCUUGCUGUGUUUUUCUGUGUGUGUUCUGUAGAGCAAUUGCAGAAAAGCUGACACAGAAGUUAGAAAUCAAGUAUUCAGACUAUGAGGACAGACUUGUGUACAAUAUUGCACAAGUUGUAGCUGCAGUAGGGUCAAUCCUUGAGGGAUCUACACUCACA